UUUGAGAGUUAUCCCCCUUGAACAAAAUGUCGACCUUUUGUUAUUCUCGAAAUGUCAAAAUAAUAUUACGGAAAAUUAAUGAUAAUGUCUUACUAAAGGGUUGUCACCGUAAUAUUGCUGAAGUAUCCAACUCAUGGGACAGAGUGCCUUUGAAGGAUGUCCAGAGAUUUAUCGAAGAAUGCAUGGUUAAAGUGGGAACGAGCUCUAAACAUGCUAAAUAUUUGGCUACAAAUUUGGUUGCAGCUGACUACAGGGGUCAUUAUAGCCAUGGAUUGAAUAGGCUAGAUAUGUAUGUAAAAGAUAUAGAAACUGGUACAACAUGUAAUGAUAAGGAGCCAAGUAUUGUUAAGGAAACCGUUGCCACAGCAUUAGUCGAUGGUAAUAAUACACUUGGACCUGUCACUGGUAAUUUCUCAAUGAACGUUGCCAUUGAAAAAGCAAAUAAUGUUGGAAUUGGUUGGGUUGUUGCUAAAGGUUCCAAUCAUUAUGGUAUAGCAGGAUUUUAUGCAAUGGAAGCUUCUAAACAAGGUUUAUUGGGGAUGUCUUUUACCAAUACGUCCCCACUAUCUGUGCCAACAAGAGCAGUAAAGCCUACUCUAGGAACCAAUCCAAUAUCAUUAGCAGCUCCAGCAGGGAAAGAUAGUUUUGUGUUAGAUAUGGCAACUACCACAGCAGCUUUAGGGAAGAUUGAGCUUCAUGAUAGAAAGGGAAUCAAUAUUCCUAAUAGCUGGGGUGUAGACUCUCGUGGCAAAGAAUGCAACGACCCUAAACCAGUCUUAGAAAGUGGUGGUCUGAUGCCAUUAGGAGGUUCAGAAUUAACAGGGGGGUAUAAAGGUUAUGGACUAGCAAUGUUGGUAGAAAUAUUCUGUGGUAUAUUAUCUGGUUCUACUUAUGGUCCAAAUAUAAGAAAAUGGAGAAACACAACCACAGUGGCUAAUCUAGGUCAGUGUUUUGUUGCCAUUGAUCCCAAUGCUUUUGCUCCAGGUUUUGAAGAUAGAAUGUCAGAUUUAAUAAACACAUGUAGAUCAUUACAACCAGCAGAAGGUGAAGAUAAGGUCCUAGUAGCAGGUGAUCCUGAAACACAACAUAUGUCUAACUGUGAUAAAAUAGGGGGAAUACCCUAUCAUCCAAACCAAAUACAAUUUGGUAUUGAUUUGGCCAAGAAAUUAGGAGUAAUGGAAAUGAAUGUAAUUAAGAAUAGUUAGAUUUAGAUUGAUAGUCAUUUUGAUAUAAUAAAUAAUUAUAAAUCAAUUUGUGGAAAGGGUUUCAAACAAAUUUAUUGCUAUACAAAAAAUAAACAAUUUAUAUUAAAAAAUAUGUAUAUGACAAAAGUGUCCCAAUAUUUAUCACAGAUAAUUGAACUGUAUGAGAAAGAUUUACAAUUAAUAUAUUAAAGUAAAGUAAAAUAAUUGAUGAUUGAAUGUACAUGUAUGUAUAUACUUGAACAGUAUUUCUAUUUUUUGGUCUUUUCAAGAUGUAAAUUGCAUAAACAUAUACAGGGGCAUGUCAGGCCCUAUGUACAGCCCCCCGCAGGAAAAUCAUCCAUGCUCAAUAUAAUCACUAUUAGAAAAUCCAUAUGAACUUAUCUGUACUAGGUUUUAAAACUAAAAAUGUGAACAGAAAAAAAAACUUUGCAAAACUUGUUCGAAAUUUACAAUCCUAAACUCUGACCAGAAAGAUAUAAAGAAAAAAAAUUAAAUGUAUUUGAAAUUUAUAAUCCAAAAUUCUGCUGUGUACUCUAAUCAACAAUCCCACUGUGCUUUAACAAAAUUCUAUGAAGAUUUCAUAAGUCCAAAGAUAUCUCUGAAAUUUGUGACCAGGUUCUUCUUACAAAAACGGCAGGUGUGAAAAAAAUGCAACAAGAGCUGUAUUCAUAAGGAAAGUUCGAUGAAUACAGGUGACAACAAUAUACAUCGAAAUUAAAUAUAUUUUCUUCAGAAUGUUAUUUUAAUUUGUAGUGUAUAUUUAAAUGUUCAGAUUUACAUGCUGAAAUAAUUAAUAAAAUAAUUACAAACACAGAAACUAACAAUAGUAAUGCUCCUUCAUAUAAAACUUUAGGUGAGAAAACGGUCCACACAAAUAAAUGAUACCUCUCAAUAGUGACUAAUAUUAUAUACACAGCUAUUGGUAAACAUUUUAUUAAUAAUAGAGUAUGAGCUGCUGUUAAUAUAUCUCUCUUAUUCCUGAAAAGUAGAAAUACAGAUGCUUUUAUAUAUUAUGUAUUUUCAUGAAUGGAAGAUUUAUAAUUCAAAUGAUUGUUCAAAAUAAUAUUUAUGAUAAUAUAAUAAGAUUUAUAAUUCAAGUGAUUGU